AUGCCACAUGGUUGGAUAUUUUUCCAAGAAAAACAUUCCGAGGAAUCUUACAAUUUGGCAUGUAUCCUCACCCUUCCACCUUACCAAAGGAAAGGCUAUGGAAAAUUUCUAAUUGCUUUCUCAUAUGAACUUUCGAAGAAGGAAGGUAAAGUUGGCACUCCUGAAAGACCCCUUUCAGACCUUGGACUGCUAAGCUACAGAGGAUAUUGGACCAGGGUUCUUCUAGACAUUCUGAAAAAGCACAAGGGAAACAUUUCUAUCAAGGAGCUGAGUGAUAUGACUGCCAUUAAAGCUGAAGAUAUAUUGACAACUCUUCAGAGCCUAGAACUGAUUCAAUACAGGAAAGGACAGCAUGUCAUUUGUGCAGAUCCCAAAGUUUUGGAUCGCCAUCUUAAAGCUGCUGGCAGAGGAGGUCUCGACGUUGAUGUUUGCAAAUUGAUCUGGACACCUUACAAAGAACAAAGUUGA